CCUUGAUCCUCCACCUUGACCUCCCUCUUAUUUCCUCAUCGCUCCCUGCGCUCAGUACAGCUCACAGAAGUAGCUCUCCUGUUUUUCGGUCCAUACCAGGCAGCCUGUGUGGCUUGCACCUCGACUGGGUCGAUCGUUGGCCACAAGUAGUGACACCUGUGCCACCAGUGCCACACAAAGUCGCAGGUCCAUUGUCCACCCUCACAUAACGGUCGGGCGGGGUGCCCCAUCAAAAGGCCUCGAGACUCGUCUGGUUCACAGUGUUGCGCUCUCUUCCCACCCACUGAUUGUUUCCUCGCGAUGUUCUCUGCCUUGAAGUCUUCUCUCACGACAGGCGGGUGCGACCACGAUAUUGCCCUCAAAUAUUACAAUCGCCCCGCUUUCCUCGUCUCCCCCGACCCUCCCAAUGACGUUCUCCCCUCGUGGCUUGUAAAGCGGCGUAGCAUAGGGGACGUGGAGGCCCAGAGAAACUUCGCUGCCCCGCCCGCGGACAUCAAUUCGGCAAAGCAAGGUCGUGUUCUCAACAUUGAUGUAGAGAUCGACCAGGCGGCCUUUGAGUCCCGCCAAACCGGGCUGACGCCAUUCCCUCCUCCCCCGACCUUUGAGGAAUUUCGCGAAAUGCAUCCUGAUCUCCCUUUGGCGACACUCAAACGCAUGGCCUGUCUUUCUGAGGGUGAAAGUCCAACGCUUUCAAUGGUUGAAGAUGACGCGUUCUCCCCGUUUACAAUGUCGACCGCGUCUUCAGAGAGCGGUGGACGCUUCGGAUGUAGAAGUGUCGUACAGGAGUCGUCGCCGAUCUCAUUCGACUCGGAUUUUGCGACUCGGGGGACUCGUCCGAACUUCGACUGGUCUCCUACAGAGACACAUGCAGUAGGCUUUGGUGUCGAUCGCUCGGAAGCUCGCAGAGCGGCUGAGAAGAACUGGAGGACGAAGCCCUUCCCAGAUACCCGAUGUAAACAGGAGCCGCGAGCGUUGGCCAAUGCCAAGCCGAAACUCAGCCUUCCUGAAACAUCAGAUGAAGACAGGCGAACGCUCGGCGCAUUAGCUGGAUGGGUAACCGACUACCUUUACGAAUUGGCUACCGCAGGCAAGCUUUGCGAUGAGCCAUCUAUAGAGCGGCUCUAUGUAUGGCAUUUCACGGCGUCGUAUCAUUCGGCGGUAGAUCAGAUUCGUCACAUUCUGCUUGGUACCCUACUGCCGCGGUCCACGGUCUUCCUCGCUCUAUGGUAUACUGCUCGGCUCCCAUCGUCGCCGUUCUCCAUAGUGUAUCCACAGGACAUCGGUCGCUUUACCCUCAGAGAGAUGAUGAGAGCUGCGUCUAGCUCCAUGGAAGGCUUGAUCGUGCAGAUGUUUCUGGUAGGAGCGAUGCUAGCUGAUAAGUGGGCAAACGACCACACUUUCGCCACAAAGGCAUGGCACGUCACAUCUGGUGUAUCUGUGUCGACCUUGAAUGGUCUCGAGAAAUCUGCGCUUGGGAUACUUGACUACGAGUUGCACAUCACAAGCAACGAGUGGCAGCAAUGGUUGGGGCACCUCAGACACUGGCACAACUGUCUGACGCCGUUGCAGCCUGUCGGCGUCUUCCGCACGUCGCCAUACUCCUCGGUCAGCCGUGCAAUUGACGAGGUAAUUGAGGCAUCGCAUCCUGGGUGUGAUGCUCGAGGUACAGCAUCGCCUCAGUUCCUCAAGAGUCUCCAGCGCGGGGAGAUUCAUGACGUAAGUCUGAUUCCUGCAAGGGACGCAUCCCAUAUGCAUGCGGAACAGACAAUCCCCCCCUCCUUGAUUCGUCUACCACUUGAAUGGUCUACAGAGGCAGACCCCAUCGUGUCUCGGCCAAUCAGGACUGUUGGCGUUGCCCCUGGUAUGUACCGUGGCAAUUCCUCAACAUCAUACGCUACGGAGCCCAGCUAUCCUCGUCAACAACCACUACACGCCCCUGCUCUUCGCGUCGCAGCUAGGAGCUGGGCGCCAUAUAGACCCCGUUGGCAGUCUGCAUCGGCCUUGUGUGGAGAGUCGCACCUGAAUUGGCUGUCGACGGGUUCUGAGCAUCCUAGCCACCAUCGAUGGUCAAGUGUAGCUGUUGGAUUUUGAUUUACCUUGGUCUAUGCUGUCACGACAUUGUGAUGUCCCCAUGCAUGUGGUAUCUCCCGCGGCUUGCCUUGCUUUAUCUCGUUGGAGAUUCCUCUCCGAUGACUGCAAUACCGCGUCUGCUACAUAUGCCUCUGGUGCGCGAGGGGAUCCACUUACCUGCUCUUCUGAUACCUUUCAGGUGGUAUUAUAUUGAUUAUGAUUUGUGGUUGCGACGAUCCAUCACAUCCCUGGGGGGUACCUCAUGGCAUCAUGCUACCCUUUCCGCAUGGGAUAUUAUUGCGUUAUUCUCUAAUUCACCCUCGCUCGCUUACUUUUUGAUAAGUCCCAAGGGGAUCUGCUUUUCUCGCCUUUCGUCUUGUGCUACCGUCCAGUGGACUUGUACUUACUUUAACUGGAUAGUAGUAGAAGUACUAGUAUGAGACCUGUCGUACCAUCUACCCUCGAUCUGUCCCUCCACGGCACGGUAAUACACUCCCGGCGGUAUUUUUGCCCCACCUUCCAGUGC